AUGUCAUCAGGCCAAGGAAAUAGUUCAGCUCAUGCGCCUGAAAGUGGAACAGGAUUAGAUCCUGGUGAACAAUAUCAUGGUGCAUCAUCAGGAAACAGCUCUAGCAUUGAUAAUGCACUGGAAAGUGGAACCAAAGGUGGUAGUAGUGCAGGUGAACAUGUUUCAUAUUAUCUCAUCGAAACACCAGUAUUAAUAAAAAAAAUAUUUCUUAAUGGAAAGAUUGAUGCUUCAUAUUACUCAGUAAAUGAUAAUAAGACUGAUAUUGUAUUUCAACAUAAUUGUCUUUAUGUUCCUACUUUUACUGGAAAAGAAAAUAAUAUUCAUCAAAUUAUUUCUUAUUGUUUAACUGAAUGGUCAUCAAAAUGGAUUAUUGAAGAAAAUAAUCUUGAUCAAAAAUUUACUUUCAAUCAACUUUACAAACAAAAUAUUACUAGUCAACAAUUAUAUCUUUGGUCAGCACCUAUGGAUGUAGUUGAACGUUAUCAAUUCUAUUUAAAUCAUCUUUCAAUUUCAAAUCAAUCAUCUUUCAUGGCAACACAAUUAUUCUAUAAUUGUACAUUACCAAGGUUUGGUCCAUUAUGUCAAUAUUCAUUGGAUACUUACAUAUCUCCUAAUUCAUCAUUAUAUGAAAUUAUUUACGAUUUUUAUCAACAUGAAUAUAAUCCUAUAAAUUUGACAUGUUAUACUCAUUUAGAAUGCAAUCGAGGUCCUUCAUCAAUAUGUCUUGAUUGGACUGAAAUUUGUGAUGGAACUCUUGAUUGUCAGAAUGGGGUUGAUGAAGAAUUUUGUGGGCAACUUCACUUUAGUGACUGUGAAGAAAAUGAAUAUCAAUGUGCUAAUGGACAAUGUGUAUCCAAAAUAUUUUUACGUGACAAUCAAGAUUUGAUUAAGUCCAAUGCUCGAUCAAUAUCACCUAGUUAUGUAUGCUACAAUGAUCAACUUUGUGAUAAAUUCUAUCCAAAUAAAUCAUUAAUUUCAUUUAAUAAUGCUACAUGUCGUCGUCCUGCAGAUUUUCCAUUACAAUUUAAAUUAUUCGCGUUCGCCAGAGAUGAUCUUUUUAAAUGUACGACAACAAAUAUCUGUAUUUCUCCAGCACUGGUCAAAGAUGAAUGGUGCCAGUGUGGACUUGAUCAAUAUACCUUUUGUGAUGAUGAAGAUCUAAACGAUCUUUAUAUUAGAAAACAUAUAUCAUUUGGAACUAUUUGUGAUGGUUUUACAGAAUUAAUACCUGUUACUAUUGAUGGACGAAGUGAAACAGAUGAAACAGAAUGUGAAUAUUGGCAAUGUAAUAAUACUUAUACACGAUGUGAUGGGUUUUGGAAUUGUUUUAAUGGAGCUGAUGAAGUUGAUUGUUAUUCAUCAUCAUUAUCAUUUAAUUGUCCAUAUCAAUAUUAUCACAUUUGUGUUUCACCUCAUACACAUCAAUUUAUGUGUUUACCUCUUGGAAAAGCGCAUGAUGAUAAUAUUGAUUGUAUUGGUGGUACUGAUGAACCUAAACUAUGUCGAUCAAAUGAUUAUCGAUCUAGCGACAAAAAUUUUCGGUGCAUCAAUGACACAGACAAACUUUGUAUUAAACCCGAAGACUUGUGUUAUCAAAGUCAUUGCCAAGAUAGAACUGAUAUACAAUUUUGUGAUAACCCUCGAGAUAUCCCCAUACACUCUACUAUUUGUGAUGAACAGUAUGAAAGUGUUCGUUCUGAAGUUGAAAAUUUCUUUUGUGCACGCCAAUUCGAUACCAAUAAACCGACAGUGGUACAUUUUUCACUUGGUAAAUCAACGAACUCAACUAAUCAAAUAACUCAACAACAUACAAAUGAAAUGAUCUUACAUUCAUCCAUCAGACAAACAACUAUCCAACAAUACCAGCAACGUUGUCAUCGUGGUCUUCCAUUACGAAUUUGGUUAAAUAUUGAUAAAAACUUGCCUAUUGCCGCAUGUCUUUGUCCACCUUGUUUUUAUGGUAAUAUGUGUCAAUAUCAAAAUCAACGUGUUAGUCUUACAUUACGAUUUCAAACAUUUUCUGAUUCUCGACGAACAUUAUUUGCAUUAAUUAUUUUACUUAUGGAUGAUAGUAAUGAAAGAAUUAUUCAUUCAUAUCAACAACUUACUUAUAUUUAUAUUCGAGAUUGUCAAACAAAAUUUAAUAUUUAUUUACUUUAUUCAACUAGACCAAAAAAUUUAACAAAAAAUUAUUUUAUUCAUAUUGAUAUUUAUGAAAAGAUUUCAUUUACAUAUCGAAAAAGUUUUUUAAUUCCACUUAAAUAUCCAUUUUUACCCGUACAUCGUGUUGCUGUUCAACUUAACAUUCCAUAUACAAAUGAUAGGAAAGAAAAUUGUUUAAAUCAACCAUGUAUACAUGGUCAAUGUAUUAAAUAUUCAAAUGAUAAUAAUUUUUGUCAAUGUCAUCGUGAAUGGACAGGAAAAUAUUGUACUAUUCCAUAUAGAUGUACAUGUUCAUCUGAUUCAUUAUGUAUUGGUAUAUCAUCAAAUAAUCGAUCGAUUUGUAUUUGUCCACUUCAUAAAUGGGGUUCUCAAUGUUUACUUCAUAAUACAAUAUGUUAUUCGAAUCAAAAUGCUACUUGUCAGAAUAAUGGUAAAUGCAUACCUAUUGAUGAAAAUAUUAUAUCUGAUAAACCAUUUAUAUGUAUCUGUCCGAAAGGAUUUAGUGGAGAAAGAUGUGAAAUAGUUGAUAAUAAAAUAAUUUUAUUAUUUCAUAAAGAUAUCAUUUUACCACAAACAAUGUUUGUUCAUUUUAUUCGAGCGAUUGAUAAUGGUCCACAUGAAAAUGGUUCUACUUUCAAAACUAUUCUUGCUGAUCAAAAAUUAGUUACUAUUCAAUGGCCACAUCCAUUUCAUGUCGCUUUUCUUGAUUUUUUCAAUAAUAACUACUAUUUAAUUAUUGUUCAAAAUAAAUACAAUUCAUCGACAAGAAUUAUUCGAACAAUUACUCCAUUAGAUCAUUGUAAACAUAUAAGUGAAAUAUUGAAUGAAACUAUCAUGAAACUUCAUCCUCUUCGCCGUAUCAAAUAUUAUCAAUUACCAUGUCAAAAACGUUCACCACUUUUAUCUUGUUUCUAUGAUGAUAAUCAUUUUUGUUUCUGUAAUGAUUAUGAUCAUCAACGUUUGACUAAUUGUUUUGAAUUUAAUCAUGGAAUUGCACAAAAUUGUUUUGGUCAAAGUAAUUGUGAAAAUGGUGCACAUUGUUUACAAGACAAAGCAACUUGUCCACAAAUAUCAAUAUGUGUUUGUCCAAAAUGUUUUUAUGGAGCAAGAUGUCAAUUUACUUCAAAUUUAUUUGAUCUUUCACUCGAUGCUAUCUUAGGUUAUUAUAUUCAACCACAUAUAAAUAUUAAAUAUCAACCAUCUAUUGUACAAGUCAGUGUGACAUUGACAAUAAUCAUUAUCAUAGGUGGAAUUACUGAUAGUGUUCUAUCGAUAAUCACAUUUAGAAAUAAAGAAUCACGCAAAACUGGUUGUGGUCUCUAUUUGUUGACUUCGUCAAUUAUUACUUUACUCAUUAUGAUUAUUUUUGCAUUGAAGUUUUGGAUACUUAUCAUUGCACAAAUAACAUACAUGACAAAUCAAUCAUUUUUAAAGUUUCAAUGUAUUUCUAUAGAUUUUCUUCUACGAAUUGGUCUUAGUAUGGAUCAAUGGUUAAAUGCGUGUGUAGCUAUAGAAAGAACAAUUACCACAAUAAAAGGAACUAGAUUUGAUAAAAACAAGAGCAAACAAAUAGCUAAAUAUAUUAUUCUUAUUCUUCUCUUUGUGACUACUAGCACAACUAUUCAUGAUCCUAUUCAUCGACGUCUACUA